CCCCUCCCGCCCGCCGCGAUGGAGCGGGACCGCGAGCCGCCGCCGGCCUCGCCCUCGCCCAGAUCCAGAUUUGUGUAUGGAGUUGUUGAAGAUGUGAGAUCCAUUAAAAAAACUUUUUGCAUUCAAGAAAGCAUCAUUUAAAUUUAUCUGUUUUAGAAUUAUCAAGUGUGGCACUUGAUAACUCAUCUUCAAGAUUUCUUCACUGACAUCUGAAGGACAAAGUGCUUUUCCAACCUGUACUUCUGUAGCACUAUGACUAACUGUAAAGACAGAUCUAUCAUCACCAAAACAAACAGCAAAGUUCAUGACAGAGAAGGUUUUGUAAACUGGACCAUAAGUCUUAGUACAGUUCAGUCCGAUAAAUUUUUGAAUCUGCUUUUGAGUAUGGUUCCAGUUGUUUACCAAAUAAACCAGGAUGAAAGACACAAAAAAGUGAAUGGUGUUUGGCAAGAUGGAUUACAACCAGCAGGACAUAAUUAUAAUGUUAAAUCUGAGCAGCACGCAGAAUAUCAUCACUUCUCAGAACAAACUUUUCAUGGUAGUAAUGGACACAGCCCUUCUAACUGUAGCCCUAAGUAUGAUGACUUUUCCAGUUAUAAUUACUGUGAUGGAAUGGACACUUCAGAAACAGAUGCAAUGUUGCAGGAAGACCAUCUGUCUAGUGACAGUAAUGAAGAUAUUAUUGUGGAGGGGAGUAGAAAGCAACCCAAGGAAUCUAGUAGUAUUAUGGCACUGCAGAUACUCGUACCUUUUUUGCUAGCAGGAUUUGGAACUGUUUCAGCUGGCAUGGUUUUGGAUAUUGUACAGCACUGGGAUGUAUUCAAGAAUGUUACUGAAGUUUUUAUCCUGGUUCCUGCUCUUCUUGGUCUCAAAGGAAAUUUGGAAAUGACCUUGGCAUCCAGGCUGUCAACUGCAGUAAAUAUUGGAAAAAUGGAUUCUCCCAUUGAGAAAUGGAACUUGAUAAUUGGCAAUUUGGCCUUAAAACAGGUUCAGGCAACAGUAGUUGGUUUUCUGGCAGCAGUGGCAGCAGUUAUAUUGGGCUGGAUUCCAGAAGGCAAAUACAGCUUCAGUCAUUCAAUCCUUCUGUGUUCUAGCAGUGUAGCAACUGCAUUCAUAGCUUCUCUUUUACAAGGAAUAAUAAUGGUUGGAGUUAUUGUUGGAUCAAAGAAGACUGGAAUUAAUCCUGACAAUGUUGCCACUCCUAUAGCAGCAAGCUUUGGAGAUCUUAUCACUCUUGCUAUUCUAGCGUGGAUAAGUCAGGGUCUUUAUGCUUGCCUUGAAACAUAUUACUAUAUAUCUCCUUUGGUUGGUGCCUUUUUUUUGGCUCUGACUCCUAUGGGGAUUGUCAUAGCUGCCAAACACCCAGCUACUAGAACUGUUCUCCAUUCAGGAUGGGAGCCUGUUAUAACUGCCAUGAUUAUAAGCAGUAUUGGUGGCCUUAUUCUGGACACAACUGUAUCUGAUCCAAACUUGGUUGGAAUUGUUGUUUAUACCCCGGUAAUCAAUGGUAUUGGUGGUAAUCUAGUAGCUAUUCAAGCUAGCAGAAUUUCUACCUACCUCCAUUUGCAUAGCAUUCCUGGAGAGCUGCCUGAAGAAGCCAAGGGUUGCUAUUAUCCAUGCAGAACCUAUUACGGUACAGGAGUAAAUAACAAAUCAGCCCAAGUCCUGCUUCUUCUGGUGAUUCCUGGUCAUCUAAUUUUCUUGUACACUAUUCAUUUAAUGAAAAGUGGCCACACUUCCUUAACUCCAAUCUUCAUAGCAGUAUAUUUGUUUGCAGCUCUGCUACAGGUGUUUACUCUGUUAUGGAUUGCUGACUGGAUGGUGCACCACUUCUGGAAAAAGGGAAAGGAUCCUGACAGUUUUUCUAUCCCUUAUCUUACUGCACUGGGAGAUCUGCUUGGAACUGCCUUAUUAGCUGUAGGUUUUCAUUUUCUAUGGCUCAUAGGUGACAGAGAUGGUGAUGUUGGAGAUUAAUGAUUUCAAUGGAUGCAAUGACUUUUCCUGAAGUACUGAGAUGAGCAAUCAUUCCACUUGAUGGUCCUCAAAAUGGUCGUUCCAUUUGGUCUAAGUAAAUCAAGUUGACACAGUUGCAAAACAGCCUUAAUCAUUGUGGUUUGGAUUGGUAAAAAAGGAUGGAUCUAGGAGGAGACUUGAGGCCUUUAGACUGGAAAACAAGGUGGAUGGCUGCUAGUUGAAAACAUCUGAGCAGAAACAAUGAAGGACACAUCAACCCUUUAUCAAGUUCUACAUUUUUAAAAGAGCUGGUCUUUUAAAAGAACUGUUUCUUAUCUGUUAGUGCAAACCAAAACAAUCUCUUAAUUUCUUAUUCAGUGGUGACAAAGAGGGUAAAAAACAAUCAGUGACUUACCUUGUUUUUCUUCCCUAAUAUUAAGUGGUUAUAUGUUCUCAUCUUCCCACAGUAGUGGAUAGGAUACCACAGAUGAGUUCUCUUUCAUAGACCUGAUUAGCUGGUAAGUUCUUAUCUUGCAAUUUCAGUGCUGUAACUCUGACCACUGCAGACUUGGUAUCAAUAAUAACUGCUAGAGUGAUUUGUACCCUGAUUGUUAAAAUGUUUUGUCACAAGCUUCAUGUAUGCUAAUAGAAAUAUCAUCAUUUAUAAAAUCAGGCACUUGAAAAGUGUCUGCAGGACUGAGCCCUUUUUCUUUCUGCUAAAAAAAGCAACCUAAUUAUUUUACUGAUGUAAUUUAUUAGAAGAGUGUAGUGAAGAGAGAGAACGUGAGACUGACCUGAUCAAUAAUAAGGGAUAAAUUAUGUGCUGGAAAGUGUCUUUUCAUUUAGCAACUGGAAGAAACGUUGGACUAACUCAUAUUAACAGUGUUGUGAUGGCCAGUGUCCUGACUUGAAGGAAGUAUUUCGAGGUGUUGAUUCAAACACAAAUGCUUAUCCCAGACUAAAACUUGGGGGAUGAAAGAUUAUGUUGCUACUUUAGGCACAUAGGAAGUUACAUAAACUUUUGAAAUUCCAGAGCUGUCUACAUCAUCCACUUCCAAGCAGAAACCUCCGUUCUUGCUAACAGGAUUUCUGCUUUCAAGCUCUAGAAAUAAUAUUGUUCAUCAGGAAUGACUGCUUCUGAAUGAUUUAUCUUAUUUCUAUACCACAGUAUUUCAGAUAAUGCAUUGAUCGUGAAGACUCUGGUUACCACUUAGAAAAAAGUACACUGAUUGCUCUGGUUUAUAAUCUACUGGAAAUUCCUCGUGGCAUGUGUUUUUUAAAGACUGCAGCAUACAUCAUAAAUGCAUAAUUACAUAACUCAGAUUUCAGAUGUUAUUAUCAAAAGUUUUUAAUUUUGAGAAUUAAAUUAGACAACUAAAUCCACCUAUCAGUGUAAGCUGUAAAUCUGUAAACAUUAGUCCUGGAAUUUAUGGAUAUGAAUUGUCCCUUUUAAUUCAAUGGACCUACUCAAAUGAAUUAAGUUAAUUAAAUGCAUAAGUGGUAAUGGGGCUUCUACAGAUGUUGGUCGCCUUAAACUCUGUGGAAAUUGGAAGUGUAAUUCUGCAAAUUAAACCAGCUAUUCAGUGCCUAGACAUGGAUUUAGAUGCCUGACUUAGCACUCUCAUUUUAAAGUUUUUAUUUGAGCUUUUUGUUAGAGCUAAAUGACAUAGUUGUUUGAAUGAAUCAUAUGUAUUAUGUCUUUUAUUAUGUGAAAGAUGAAAUCUUUCUAACUUCAAGUUCUCUGACUUCUCUUAGUUUCUAUUAAUGUUAUUUAAACUAGUUGUAUGUAGCAUUGCAGGAAAUACUCCUAUUAAAUUGUUUAAAAUGGACUAAAUGUUAAUUUUAUUUUAUUUUUUUAAACUUAUCUGUUUAUUUUCAUUCAUGGCUGUUUGCUUUUGGUACAGACUUAGAUGCAAGAUUUUUUAUUCUGAUAGAACUGCCGUCUGUAUUAAUAAGUAUUUCAAAUGCUUUUCUCAUUAGAGUUAUUGGAUUUUAAAGCCCUUUUAAAACAGAUUGCAAGAUUCUUGACAAUUAAAAUUUCUUGAGGUACUUGUGAUCUGUACUUACAUGAUGCUUGAGGGCACCGUGCUGUUUGGCCAUGGCAGGAUCCUUACUGUGCUCAAUAUUUUCACAGUAAAUAAUCAACAUCUGGUGUUACGGCCUGCUGGCAGGUGGGUGAGUGAUCAGACUGCAGAAUUGGGAAAGAAAUGUCAAAUGGGACAAAUUCAGUGAAAUUUGAAAAGCAGAAAUACACAUCUUGAAUAAUCUGUGGCAUGGAAAGGUUUUGAUUCCUGUGUGGAAGAGGCAUCUAAAAUUAAACAUGCAGGUUUGCUAGCUCUUCUGCACAAACAUUAUGAAGGAGAAAAACCCUAAUGACCAAGUUCUGGAGGGUGUGUUACCCCAUUGCACAAUGAUAACCUGGGAGAAGGCACAAAAAAGUUGUUGUAUCCAAGAGAAUCUGUCAUCUGCUCAAAAACCCUUAGAUUAAUUUUAACUCUGGUCAAGUCUACUUUGCUACAGUAGACCACUAAUUUGAUUUUUAUGCUUAUCCUAAUAUGACUCCAUUUCUUUUCUGCACAUGUGUAAGAAAUGUUAAUAACAUUAUAUU